AUGGUAGAUUAUAUGGUGCAAAACCCACACGUUGCUACGGGCAAAUUUCAUACUUUGAAUGGGAAAAAUAGUUUAGCUGGCUCAUGGGAAGACUUGGUUACAAAUUUAAAUAACCUUCGUAAUCCUGGUGUGAAGGAAAAAAAUGUUAAGUCGUGGAAAGAGUCUUGGAGAGAUUUAAAAACCAAAGUUUCAAAAAAAGCAUCUGCUUUAAGAAAUGAUAAGAAACGAACUGGCAAUAAGCAAAUUGAAUUAGCUGAGUUAUCUGAGAUUGAUAAUAAGGUUUUAGGACUAGUAGGAUACGAUUAUGUUGAGGGGACAGUAUGUCCAGAUUCGUUUCCAGAAGAACUGCCUGAUGAUGUUGAGCAAUUGGCUGGUGGUAAUUAUGAUAUUUUGAAUAUAGUACCUACUCCACUCACCAUUAGGCCAAACCAGGAUCCAGAUAUCAUUGAAGCUGAUGCAGAGGAAAUCAUUGACGAUCCUUAUUAUACUGUUGAACUAAUAAAAGAUAGUACAAAUGAAAUAAGUUCACUUAUAGAAACCAACAAGACAAUGACACCACACAUUCUAAUAAAUGUACCUGCUGAAUCAAAUACAUCUUUUAUUUCUGAGACAUCCAUUGAUCAUUCAUCUGGCAAACAACCCAUAUUGCCAAACAUAUCUGCCAAACAUUCUAAAUUUUCAAACACACCAACCACUAAUUUAAAAAAGACUAAAAGGGAUGUCAAACUUAAUACACAGUUAAGCAAUGCACGUGAGGUAUUCACUGAUUUAGCUAAAACUAACAAUCAACAAUUGGAGUUGUUAACUACUUCAUUAAACAUGUUUGCUGAAAGCAAUAAGCAAAUGGCUGCUGCACUUAACAAAAUAGCUGAAAAUGAUGAAAAAAGACUGUUAAUGGACGAGAAACUUGUUACCAUAUUAUCAACUGUAAUUUCUAAAUUAAAUUAA